GAAAGUCUUCAGCUUCUUCGUAAUGCUCAUGGAGGAAGGCUACGCAUGGUCUGCCGCGGUUUGGAUCAACGACCAUAUCUUAGAGCUUGGCCUAACAGCAUUCUACUCGUUGUGUAUAUUGACCAUUUUUGCUGUCAUUAACAAACGGUUUUUACUAAAGAAACGACAAGAAGAUAAAGAAAAACCCACGGAAUUGCCUCAAGAAUCUAAUGGACGGAAGCUAUGUAGAAUAGAGAGUUCUGUUGACCAUCUGCACAAGUAUGGUGGAUCGAUAGGUGCUUAUGUGCUAUUGCUAAAUUCAAAGGUUUACUUAAAUCCCAAUAUGGUAAAGAACGCUUUGGUUUAUCUCACAAAUAGACAUGAAAUUUUACGAAUUAAGAUAUCGCGAAAAAAGACAAAGAUACAAGGAAAUAAGAAAAUAAUUAAAGAAUUCAAAGCGAUGGAAAACUCAGACUUUGCAGAAUUCCUUCUUAAACUCAAGGCCACUACUUCAGAUCAGUGGCUGUCUGUGUUUGAGAGGGAGUUAAUGAAACAGUUUCCCGAGGAGGGUCCCCUGUGGAGAUUUGUCAUGCUGAAGGAGCAAUUUCAUCCCAAGGAAGGGGUAUACAGUAAUGCUUUUGUCUUUUCGGCACAUCACCUUGUUUGUGAUUUUGAGUCAGGUUUCAACUUCUUCAGUGAUUUUCUGGACUACCUCAACUCAAGCAUUCAAGAUAGUAGUUUAUCCAAGCCAGACUUUGAUGUAAAAUUUCCCUUACAACUGUCUUUCUCACACUUAUUAGGGAAUUGUAUGUCAAUGUCACAGCCAUUGAUUGCAGUUACAGCAGCAAAAGUUUUCGUGAUGAAGAUGAUUGAAAAGAUAAGGCCCAAGCCAACAUACAAGAACCCUUUCACUUCAACAUUUCAUCCUACCAUCACUAAAAACCCUACAAUUCAAAAGAAAACGUGUUUGAUCCCAAGAUCUUUAACCAAAGAAGAAACACUAAACCUCAUCAAGUUGUGUAAAGCUAACAAGUGUACUGUUUAUGGUGCUGUCUCGGCAGCAACAACAAUUGCUAUGGCAACAAUUUUGAGAAAGGGAAAGUCCACAGCACCCUUAAUAAUUACUUCCAGCUUUCAAGUGGAUUUAAGAAAGGACUGUAAUCCCAAGGUGGAACCACAAGAACUUGGCCAUUACUCAAUGAACUGUUCUGUCAAUGUUCCAUUAGCUAAAGAUAUCACUUUGCCAUUAGGUGUUAAUGAUGCAAGUUUUUGGUUGUUGGCGCAAGAGUGUGAUAGGAUUUUUCACACAGCAAUAACCAAUAACGAUCAUCUUAACAGCAUGAAACUAAUGACUAAUCUCAACAUCAAUCCACUGAGAAAUCUUGGGGAAUUAGCAAAAGAUCAAGAAGCUGCUGGCCGUCAAGCAUCACUGUUCCAUCUUUCUAACUUAGGCAAAAAGAGCAUUGUUAAUUCAGAUGCUAUAAAUUUGGAGGGGUUUUACUUUGCUUUAGCAGAGCACAAUAUUGGUCCUGUCUUCUCUAACAAUAUUGCCAGUGUUAAUGGUGUCCUAUAUUGGGGAUUUACAUACUUCACUAAUGUGACGACAGAGUCACAGGCAGUAGAAUAUGCUGAUUUGGUGAUGAAUUGCAUUAAAGGAAACUCUGUGAAGCACUGAUGUAUUGAAUGCAGGAUUGUGACAUCACUGCUAAUGGUAUGCUGUUUGGAGAUAUGUAUACUUUGUUACCAUGGUGACAGAGGCGCAGGCCGUGGAGUAUGCCAAUCUAGUGAUAUAAUAGAACAGUGGUGUGAAGUUUAUUUUAAGUUGCAUACAACUAGGUAGCAGUUUACAUGAAAAAUACAUACAUGUGAAUAUUGCUUUAUUAUCCACAUGAAAAAAACAAUGGUAUAGUUGAGUAUCCUUUUUGAUAUAUGAGAUUUUUUUAAAUAUAACCGUUGUAAGAUUGUUAUCUUAUCUUAUCAACAUGCAAAAGUAUGACCACAUUUAAUGUAUUCACAUACUUCUAUGCUUGGGCUUUUUGCUACCUAACAAGUUUUUACACACCUUACUUGGUAAAACCAGCCAGCUUUGCAUCAAAAUGAGUCGGUCAUACUUUUGCGCAUCGAGCCUAUUUUAUUAUUGGACAAGACUGAACAAAGUAUCAGUUGCAAGCAAUGCAGGGGCAGAUCCAGGGGAAGAGUGCAGGGGGAUGCGCACCCCUCCCUGGUUCCACUUUGUGCCCCUACUUCGAAGAAAACCAAUACUGUUUUUUCUCUUUGAUUUUCCCUGGGUUAACAUAGUGUGCAGCACCCCUUCCUGAACAAAAUCCUGAUCCGCCCCUGCAUUGAAUCAGUUAUUUGCAGAUGAUGAUUGCACAAACAAAUAGCUUAUUGCAGGACACUGAUAUAUCAUGACAUUUUUAAGAAGCUUCCAGAAUUUACUUGUGAUUUGCUUGUGCGUGAUUUUUGAUAGCUAUUCAUUUCAUAUUCUCUCCUGGCUUCCUCCUCUGUAUGACGCAGAGAUCAGUGCCAUGAUUACAGGAAUCAGUGGUUGUUAAUGUCUUUCUUAAACCAUUAUUUGGUGUA